GCAUUACUCAUUAGCAAAUAUCAAACUCCAUCUUUCUUUCUUCUUCUUCUCUUCUCCGGUCAUCUUCUUCAAUCAGAUCAACCCACUUUUCCUUCUCAUUGGUUCUAGCCUUUAGGGUUUGAAUUUCAGGGUUUUCAUCUUCAAAAAGAAAACCAUUUUUCUUUUUUCUUUUUUUAAGUUAGCCACUUAUAUUUAAUCUUAGAAAAAAAGGAAAGAAAGAUUAGGUUUAGUUUCUCUGCAGUGCAACUUUGAAAGUGAUUUUAAUGGCUGGUUUAGACUUAGGUUCAGCUCCUGGCUUUAUGCAGCUGCAGAAGCCUGAUCUUCACCUCCAGAGACCGGAUUCAGAUGAGGACAACAACGGUUCAAACCAUGAAGAUGACUCCACUUCUCAUGCUCAGCCGGGAGACAUGGUGGCUCGUCGUCCCCGCGGCCGACCCCCUGGCUCCAAGAACAAGGCAAAGCCGCCGGUGAUUAUCACUCGAGAAAGCGCCAACACCCUCAGAGCUCAUAUCUUGGAAAUCAGCAGUGGAUGUGAUGUUUUUGAUUCCAUUGCAACGUACGCCAGGAAACGUCAGCGUGGGAUCUGUAUUCUGAGUGGUAGCGGGACGGUUACUAAUGUCAGCCUGAGGCAGCCGUCUGCAGCGGGCGCCGUGGUGACUCUACACGGAAGGUUCGAGAUCCUGUCCCUGUCAGGAUCGUUUCUGCCUCCACCAGCACCACCAGGUGCGACUAGUUUGACCAUAUAUUUGUCAGGAGGGCAAGGUCAGGUGGUUGGAGGGAACGUGGUGGGUGCUCUAAUAGCUUCCGGUCCGGUGAUUGUUAUAGCUUCUUCAUUCACAAACGUGGCAUACGAGAGGCUUCCGUUGGAUGAGCAGGAGGAGCCGCCGCUUCAGAUGCAACAGCCGCUGUCACACUCGCCAGGUAGUGGUGGAAAUGGGAACCAAUACUCAGAUCCAUCAAAUUCGGGUCUUCCAUUCUUGAAUCUGCCACUGAAUAUGCCGUCUAACUGUCAAUUACCGGUGGACGGUUGGGGAGGGAACGCCGGUGGCGCCCCUUUUAGGUCAUGAAAGGUCAGGCAACACACAGACUGUGUACAAUUAACAUUUCUUCUUUUUGUUUAAUUUCUCUGGUAGUUUGUAACUUCGUAACUUAAUUUCUUUUUUUCCUGUUGAUGAUAUUUCAUCCCUACGAACCCACUUUUUUAGCUCAACAA